AUGGCAUAUCAAAAUGACACCUCUGCGAGUGGCCCUUCUCCCGUCAGGUUUCAGAGACAACCAGUAGACCAAGAUGGAGCUCUUUUCAGGAAAGAUUGCACUUCUUACUUCGACAUCUCUCCCAGUCGUGGCGGCUCGCUUGAGAGCAACUCCACUUCCGAGAUCAGUCCUGGGAGUCCUGGGGCGCAGCUUCAACAAGAUUCGCACAGCACCACACGGCCUUCUUAUUUCCGGUUCUAUUCAGAAGCGCUACACAAGAGAGUGCCCAAUCAUGCUACUAACAUAGACCGGCAGAGUGCUGGCGCGUCAGCGCCGGGGUUGCGCUCCCCUCCCUCUGAAGUGACCUUUACCCCCAAACCAGCAACUGGUCGAUCCGCACAACAUCCUUCUCUCCAGUCGUCACGACGCUCGUCUGCGACAUCCGCGAAGACUUCGCCUCUAUGGGGAUCACGUCCGUCGAAAGAUAGCCAUACAUAUUCUGUUCAACGACCGAAGCUGAGACGUGUCCUGGCGACGUCCUCUUCUUGGAUUAGGAGCAUCAAGGAAAAAGAGGACUCGGCAGAUUCCACACGAAAACUAUCUUCGGCCGGUUCGGAGGCGCAGACAAGCACUGGCGAUAUCAUUGUUGUCCGGACAGACCAAACCCCUCUGAAGCCUCCGUCGAAGAGUAUUCCUGCUACCGACAGAUCCACACCCAGCUCUAUAAAAGUGGAGACAGACUUCGGGGAGAACAUUCCUAGUGGCAGAGCACAAUCAAGGGCUCACUCUUUAGGGGAGCAAGGUCAGACUACAUCUCGUAGGGGUUCGAUCAAUCCCAAAACAAUCUUGACGCACCCACUCCAUUACAUCCGCUAUGCGAGUUUGCCCAAACGGGCAAAGACGCCAACAGCAACUAAGACCCCCAGACCAACUCCGAUCGCCCGAGAUACGCUAUUGCCAGACCAUACCAGCCAGCUCAAGCGGAACUAUACAUCGGAAGUACUCCAACGCGCGGCGGGGAUCUUGCAGGAGAUCAAGCAUGCACCUCAGAACGCACUGUGGCCGCCCCAGGUCCUAAAGCCGUUGAGAUGGAGAACGUUCUCCGAUAAAUCGCUCUCGCAGCAAACGAAGAAGGAACCGCGGACCGUGCAAGGCAUUAUAUCUGAGAUCGGCAACAGUAACAAAGGCAGUGGUGAAUCACCCUCCGCGGUGCAGUCAUAUACAUCCAGCGUGAGAAACUUGCAAAUGGGCAUCGUGCCUACGAAUACUCCAAGUGAGACGGCGACAUACAAAGUUAAAAGAAGCCCUAGCGCAGAGACCGAGGAAUACCUAAAGGUUGAUAUCAGUAUCAGAGGAGGUACCAGCUAUCUACCAAGCGAGGCCCGUCGAAUACACACGCCCCCCCUUCCGGAAGAAGGAGCAGAUGGCCGGUGGAGGGGCUUCUUCUUCGACUACAACGCUCCAGGGCGGACUGUCGCCCUACCACGUACAGAAAGUCUUGAAGGUGGAGCGGGCAGCAGUGGUAGCACCAGUCAGGACAGCAACACGACUUCGGCUCACAGUCGAACCACGCCGCCCGGCAAGAAGCCAGAGAGGAUCAAGAGCAGGAACAGGCGGAUCCUGAAGGGGGACUGGUACGACGUCAAGCUGGCAGAAGUCGACAUGGACAUCGAGCCCGACCGAGGGGAGAUGAGCCACGCCAAACAAGGCGACAGAAGGGUCAACUCGCCCAAAUGUCUGUCCAAGAUCCGCAAGCUCCUGCACGACGCCGACCAAUUCGACCUGACCAUCCCCGAGCAUCUGCCGAGCAGCCCGCUGUGUCCGCGACAUCCGAGAUAUUGGCGCGUUGCCAAGGGGCGAGGCAUUCAGUUCAGGGGCUGUUGGAUGCACGGCCUGGGUGUGUUUGAGACAGAAUCCGAGAACAGCAAGUAG